UCAAAUGUCAAGUGAAGGUCUAAAAGUGUUGGCUACUUUGACAUCUACCGAACGUCUCAAAGUUACCGAUGAAUUUUUGAAACCGAUUUUGAUACCUCGAGUUUCUGGUACGGAGGGAAAUGUUAAAGUACAAAAAUUUAUUAUUUCAGAAUUUCAAAAAUUAGGAUGGAAUGUUGAAGAAGAUACGUUUAAAGACACAACACCAUAUGGAGAAGUAUUAUUCAACAAUAUAAUUGUAACGAAGGAUAUUAAAGCCAAAAGACGACUAGUCUUAGCAGCUCAUUUUGAUUCAAAAUAUUUUCCACCGCCAAAUAAUUUUGUUGGAGCUACUGAUUCUGCAGUUCCAUGUGCGAUGUUAAUAGACUUGGCUCAUCGAUUAAAUCCAUAUUUUCAUAAUAGAAUUGAUAAUGAUCUCACACUUCAAAUUAUUUUUUUUGAUGGUGAAGAAGCGUUUAAAACCUGGACAAGCAAUGACUCACUUUACGGAUCUCGUAAUCCGGAUAAUAAAGCCAGAAACGUACUUGAUUCAAUCGAUGUAUUAGUUUUACUUGAUCUUCUAGGCGCGGCACAACCAAACUUAGUAAAUUUUUUUAAAACCACUUCAUGGAUGUUUUCAGAGCUUUCGAAAAUAGAAGCUCGACUAUAUGAGGAAAAUAUAUUUGAUCCUAUUAGUCCAGAAGAAUUAUUAGAAGUUUCUUAUUUUGAUGUAGAUUCAAUAAAUUCAAAUCUUGGCCAUAUUGAAGACGAUCAUAUGCCAUUCUUAAAAAGAGGUGUUCCAGUUUUACAUCUAAUUGCAUAUCCAUUUCCAACUGUAUGGCAUACUGUUGCAGAUAAUAUCAAUGCUAUUGAUAAUGGUACAGUAUAUAAAUUGAACACUGUAUUCAGAAUUUUUGCUGCCGAAUAUUUAGGCAUUGAUCCGUCAUUACCCGCUAGACCUCAUGAUGAAUUAAUAUAA